GCGCCAGAUCCGGCUACCAGAACCUUCGAGGAAGGCUGCUUUCACAAAGCAAGGAACUGCUUUCGUUUCCCACCGCGGCCCUUCCUCGGGACGCGACCCGGCCCGCCCAGCGCGGCUGGCUCCGGGCAGGUCCCGCCUCGCUGCUCCCGCUGCUCGGAAGGAGCGGGCCGGGGCGGGGCCGGGCGCUGAAGCGGGGCGGAGGGGAGCGGAGCCGGCAGCGGCGGCGUGGCUGAGAGCGGGGUCGGUGCUGGACGCGGCGGAGCGGCCCCUCGGCUUUGGGAACGGGAAGCUUGAACCCACACAAUUCUGAGUGACUGGUCUGCCCAUUACUGCUGUUUCUUGGCUAAAGUUUCACCAGAACAAUAAUAAGCAGAUCUGUGGCAAUGCAAGACUAUAAACCUGCUCCAGCAUAUGGAUUUUCAAAUACUGCCUUUGCCUCAGGAAAUGAAGUGCCCUAUGGCUACCCACAGCAUGCACCUGGGGCUUACCAAGGUGUUCCAGGUACAGGCAUGGGAGCCCCAGCUGGAUUUGCUGUUCCACCCGUCCAGAAUCAGCCCAUGAUGAUGGAGAGAACAGUCUGGAUGCCCAUUCCUCCUUCUAUUCCCAACUGCCCUCCUGGACUGGAAUAUCUCACACAGAUUGACCAGAUAUUAAUUCAUCAGCAAAUUGAACUUCUUGAGAUUUUGAGUGGCUUUGAAACAAACAACAAAUAUGAACUCAAGAACUCGCUGGGGCAAAGGGUGUACUUUGCAGCAGAGGACAAUGACUGCUGUACCAGGAAUUGCUGUGGGCCAUCACGACCUUUCACCCUCCGGAUUAUAGACAACCUGGGCCACGAGGUGAUUACGCUGCAGAGACCCUUGCGCUGUUCGUCAUGCUGCUUUCCCUGCUGUUUGCAGGAGCUGGAAGUUCAGGCACCCCCAGGAACACCAAUUGGUUAUGUUGUUCAGAACUGGCAUCCCUGCCUGCCAAAGUUUACCAUUCAAGAUGAGAGAAGAAUGGAUAUACUGAAAAUUGGUGGCCCCUGUGUUGUCUGCAGCUGUUGUGAGGACAUUAAUUUUGAGGUGAAGUCUGUGGAUGAGACUGCUACUGUUGGGAGGAUUUCUAAGCAGUGGACAGGGUUUGUGAAAGAAGCCUUUACAGAUGCAGAUAACUUUGGAAUCACAUUCCCAGGAGACCUCGAUGUAAAAAUGAAAGCUGUCAUGAUCGGUGCUUGUUUCCUUAUCGACUUCAUGUUUUUUGAGCAUGCUAGUAACCAGAAACAGCGAGCAGGAGUUUGGCAGUGAAGUCUAGAACUAGGAACCUAGAAGGAAGAGGAACAUUAAUCUUCCAGCUUUCUAGUGGAUCGUGGAACUCCAGUAAGAAUGUGAGAAAUGUGCAUCUGGUGCUUGUGGCUACAUUUCUAUAAACUAAAAGCUUUGUGGUCCUAUUUUUAUAUAUAUAUAUAUAUGUACACACACAUACAUCUAUGUAAUCUGAUUAAAUAAUUAACAGUAUUCAAGUAAGACUCCUUUGUCUACAUAGGCAAAUACUUUAAUUUAUGGAAAUAUAUAGAAGUGUUUGGGUUUUUUUCCAAGCAAUCUGGAAUUGUAAAUAAUUAAUUCCUAAAAGGGAAAACUACUACUAUAUUAAAUAUUAAUGCAAACAGUGAGCCUAAUAAAGAGAUCUUUUCCUAGAUAUCCUCCUUUGGUAGUUUUGCCUUACUGUUCACAUGCUGUUGUUUCCACCUUCUUAUCAAAUACAUGUAUGUUCAAAGCAAAGUAAUCCAGGUGAACAGAAACCACUGUGAGAUUUUAUGAACAUAGUGAUAAAUCUGCUGUAAAGAAUGAGACUUUUAGUGUAAUUUAGUUUCAUAAUUUGGCUUCUUUUGAAAAUUUAAGGCUUUAGUUUUCACCAACAGAAGUUUAAAGACAGGAAAUAGAAGUGCCUGUGGUUGUUUCUAUUCAAUAAACUUCCACUAACUGCUUUUGUC